GUCCGCCCCCCGCCCGGGCUGGUGUUUGCCACGGUCCUACUGCCAUGGACGACAGCGUGAUGGACCCCACGGAAUGAACCUGCGGUGUUCAGCUGUCUCUCACCGAAGACACUUGACACUUGAUGGUUUCAAGAGAGGUUUCCUCUGGGUUUUAAUUCGCCAAGUGGCAGACGUGAUGUUAAAAUGAGGCGCCUCUCCCGGAAGAAGGCCCUGAGCAUAGUCAAAGAGUUGGACGCCUUCCCCAAAGUCUCUGAGAGUUAUGUGGAGACUACAGCAUCAGGAGGAACUGUGUCACUUGUUGCUUUUACUGUCAUGGCAGUUUUAGCUAUUUUAGAGUUUUUUGUUUAUCGAGACACAUGGAUGAAAUAUGAAUAUGAAGUUGACAAGGACUUUUCCAGUAAAUUACGUAUAAACAUUGACAUUACUGUUGCCAUGAGAUGUCAGCAGGUGGGUGCUGACAUUUUAGACCUAGCUGAAACAAUGAUUACCUCCAAUGAGCUGCAGUAUGAGCCUGUUGUUUUUGACCUUAGCCCACAACAAAGACUGUGGCAAAGGGCAUUGCUUCAUGUUCAGAGUCGUCUGAGAGAGGAACACGCUCUGCAAGAAGUGCUUUACAAAACUCUGAUGAAAGGAGCCCCUACUGCUCUCCCUCCAAGGGAGGAUGCUGCCACAGAACCUCAUAAUGCUUGCAGGAUACAUGGAUAUGUUUAUGUGAACAAAGUGGCUGGAAACUUUCAUAUCACUGUAGGAAAGCCCAUUCACCAUCCACAAGGGCAUGCACACAUAGCUGCUUUUGUGAGCCAUGAGAUGUACAACUUCUCUCAUCGAAUCGACCAUUUAUCCUUUGGCGAGAUGAUACCAGGUGUGAUCAAUCCUCUAGAUGGCACUGAGAAAAUCACCUCCAGCAAUAGCCAGAUGUUUCAAUACUUCAUCACUGUGGUUCCUACCAAACUCCACACUUAUAAGAUAUCGGCAGACACACACCAGUUUUCUGUAACAGAAAGAGAGCGUGUGAUAAACCAUGCAGCAGGAAGCCAUGGUGUAUCUGGCAUCUUUGUUAAGUACGAUACAAGCUCUUUGAUGGUGACAGUCAGGGAACAGCACAUGCCCCUGUGGCAGUUCCUAGUGCGACUUUGUGGUAUUAUUGGAGGCAUUUUCUCCACAACAGGCAUGCUCCAUGGGCUGGUUGGCUUCUUUUUUGACAUUAUCUGCUGUCGCUUCAGAUUGGGAGUCUAUAGGGAAAGAGAGGUGCAAAAUGAGAUGAACAAUGUAAACCAUCAUCAAACACCACUGUUGGCCGACCAGGUUCUUGAAGAAUAAACUGUAUGACUAUUUUCAUUAGUUUAUAUGAUUACUUUGGUGUUUCUACUGAAAAAUCAACCAAGAUUACUGUAAGUUCAAGAGUUAUUUAUCAUUAAAUCAGCUUUUGACAGCAUCAAUUUGUCAUGAAACCUUUUUGUGAAAGUUUAAUUGUGUAUAAAAGCAGUUGUCCACUUAAAAGUUUUGUGUAGGUAAUCAAAAUGCUUUUUCACUUUUUCACUGCAACACAAAGCAGACUCCUUUUUAUUUUAUUUUCCUUUAUUUCUGAUGUACCAAGCAGAAUUUACUCAAAUUUCAGAGCAGGAAAUAAAGGCAAGACAUUUUCCAAAUGACAUUACAAAAUAAAAGCUGAACUCAUUGGCUAAAUGUUGGAAUAUGCACAUAGUAGUAUUAGCCCUGGAGUGAGCUAAGUGCAAUUUGAUUUGGUUUAUAACAGAGAAAAUAAUUUGUGAAUGGGACACAAAAUUAGCAACAUUUAAAUUUGUGACAAUAUUGUCAUAUUAGCCCUGUAGCUCUGCAAGCUCAUGUACAACCAAACUGCUGCCACACAGAAACCCUAUGGUUAAUCACACAGGUUUGCAUAAACAUUUAGAACCUCUUUCUCCAGUGAAGGCUCCGGUCAUUCACCUGUAUUCACCUGCAAUAGUCACAAGACACAAAUAACACUGUAUACUAUUCUUGACUGAGUGAUGUGUUAGACCAUGAGUA